AUGAGCACCACCGCCGCCGCCGCCGCUCUGCACUCGCCGUCUCUCAUGGCCGCCCUCCUCCUCACCGCGAUCUUCCUCUCUCUCGGUGCCGCCAAGUCAGCCAGAGGAUCGCCGCCGUCCUCUUGCGCCGACGAGCUCGUCCGAUUCUCGCCGUGCCUUUCCUACAUGGCGUCGCCGCCGAACAACCUCUCCGACUCGCCGGCGUCCAAGUGCUGCGAAGCGUUCUCGUCGGCGGAGGAGUCCGGCAGCGCCGUUUGCCUCUGCUACCUGGUCCAGGAUCCUCCGAUGCUCGGCUUUCCGGUGACCGUUGCUCGCGUUCUCUCGCUCUCCUCCGUCUGCCCUCGCCGGAACUCCACCUCCGCUCCUUCCUCUUCUCUCAAGUCUCUUUGCUCAGAGGUGCCGGAGCUCCCUCCUCUCCGCAACAGAACGAUUCCUGUGAUUUCAGGUUCUCUUCCUUCUGGUUCUGAAACUGUUUCAUCUCCUUCACCAAAUCCAGCAAACAAGUCAAUCACACAACCAAGCUUGUUGACUCCACCAAGCUCAGCAGUAGAACCAGCAAGAGGCUCAGUAGAACCACCAAGAGUGUCGGCAGCGGCGGCAAUGAAGCGAAUUUUCAAGAACAAUACUCCUUGGUUUCUACCUGCCAUAUCGAUGUUGGUACUCAUCUGA